AUGUCAGACAGCGUGAAAAAGCAAAAAUCCUCAUUUUUGCUGUAUUUAUUGAUCGCUGCCAGUGUGCUAGUCCUACUAUGUGCUGCCACCAUACUGUAUUUGGUCCUGAAUGGAGGAAAACCUGAAGUCGUCCAAGAAUUGCCAAGUAACGCCACCAGCUCGCAAUUAUUCCUAGUACCAGAGCCUAAUCCACCACCUGCAGCCAGCUCCAUUAUUCCUACAAGUACUACUCCUGCUCCCAGGACUAUUCCAGUAAGGACCACAACUGUUGCCACGACAGCAGCACAAGCUGUUUUACCAUCAUCCAUCAACAGAGACGUCGCCACCACCCCCACGACGACAACUGUCACUCAAACUUCAACGACAACUAGCACAACUAGUACUUCUACAACUUCAUCCACUUCUUCCACCACCUCAUCCACCAGCACCACCCCUGAGCCAGAAGUUUUUGAAGAGACUACCAUCCAGACGGAAUUUGAAGAACCCGAACCCACCCAAGAAAUCACUGAUGCCCCAACUACCCAAGAAAUCGCCCAAAUCUCCCAAGCAAUGGAAAACUCGAAGGUGGUUGACAAGUGCUCGUCAAUUCUGCUACGACCAGUCACCUGCCCGAAAACGAGAGACGAUGUGAUCACUCUCUCGCUGUCUGCGCUCUCUCCAAUUCACUACUCUCUCAACCUAUCCAUACAGUCGGUAAUGCCUACCGUACUCGAUGGUGACGUGCAGAUCUACAUCAGGACCAAUGUCGCCGGGAAACAGAUCACUCUCGACGUCGACAAUGAACUUCGCCAUGUUGAAGACAUCAGCGUAGUCAACUGCGAUAACGGUGAAACUCUAUGUGUGACAAAAACCGUGUUUGACCAGAGGGAACAACGUCUGUCAUUGAUUCUGUUUGAAAAUGUGCAAUCGAACACCAAUCUCCGCGUCGAUGUCCGCAAGUUCACAUCAGUCAGCAAUCGUGAUGCCACUUAUGCACAGAUAGCUCCACGCUGGAACAGAAAUGCUCCCAUAAUGGUUGGCUCAUUGUUGACACCUGGCUCAGCUAAGAAGAUCUUCCCAGCUCUGGAUAGCCCAGCCUAUAAGGCUUCCCUCGAUCUUUGCGUGAAAUUCACUCCAUCUGGACAUGUUCGCUCUAAUGCUGCCACUAAAUCAGUCGUCGAAGGGGUCACAUGCUUCGAGCGGAGCGUUCCUUUGUCUACUCAGCAAAUGGCUUUCGCAGCUUUCGAGAAGGCUGAAAGUUUGAUCUACAAUCGGACCACCCUAGAUGGCGUUACUAUCCCAGCUGUGGAAAUCGUUUUCUCGUUGAAUAAAAACUUCAAGCGCGAAAAGCAUGAAUGGAUCUACAACGAGGCCUCAAAAGUGAUCUCACUAAUGAGCCAGUGGACGAGUUUCCCGUAUCCAUUGGAAGCCCUGAAGCUGGUUUCAGCCCCCAUUCGUGCUUCAUCUCAUUCAGCGCUAGGACUCAUUACGCUGCAGGAUCGCCUCGUUGAACACCCAUCCUACACCCUGGCCCAUGUCUCUCUUAUCCAAUCUGUCAUCCAACAAUGGCUUUCCGGGAUCAUUUCCAUGUCUACAGCGGAAGAAUCAUGCUUUGCGGAGUCACUGACAACGUAUUUGGAAUGGAAACUCAAUGAGCAAGUGGGAAUUGUGAACAAAACACGAGCGGGAGAGAUCGAAGCGAUCCGGCCAAGAGAUCUGACCGCUGAGGGGCGAGAUGAACCACGAAUGCUGCGAUCCUUGGAGACAAUGCAGUCCUGCCCAGAACGAUUUGUAUCCAUUUUCUACUCUAUCGAUGAGACAUUCGGACAGGAUACCAUGAUCAACGUUUUGAAGCUGGUCUUCCGAAAAUUCGCGUAUUCUGUGACCAACAUCGCGGACUGGCAACAAGCACUUGUAGACUCUACUGGCAAUUAUUACGCAGGACAAAUGCUAUCAGAAUGGUUUACACGGAAAACUCGUCCAAUUUUGCACCUGCAAGUAAAGUCACUAACGCUACAGUUCGAGCAAUUGACCGAUGAGCUCUGGACAGUUCCGGUUGAAGUAGCAGGUUCAUCCGGCAUCCAGCUUGUCGCAGUCACGGACAAAACCGUAACACUACCGUACUCUUCGCUUGACUACGUUAUUGCUGAUCCUCGGCGGAAAUCUGGUGCUAUGAUAGUGCAAGAUGUUGAUUCUUACGUACGAAUGAUUCGAUGCUGGGAUGAUUCACGCUGUCCGGCUUCCCAUGAGGCUCUUCGGGGAAUUAUAAGGGAUUUGGGAGCCGUGGUCCUUACCAAUAAGUUAGCAGCUCCCGAAAUUCAUGAUGUCCCCAAGUGGAAGGCGGUCUUCAAGUUCGCCCGAAUGCACCGUAUCCUCGAUGGCAACGCAGCAUGUUGUGCAGAAUACGCAAUUUCACGGACUGCAGACAUUGCUUGCACUUGGGUAGUACGAGACACGUGCGAAAAAAUUGCUUUAGUCAAUACAGUAGCCGGUGUCUAA